AUGCCAGCUACGAAAAUCGCACCCAGUGUCCUGGCCUCGGACCUGGGCAACCUCAACUGCGAAUGCCAGAGGAUGAUGGACUGCGGGGCGGAUUGGCUGCACAUGGACAUCAUGGACGGGCACUUUGUCCCAAAUAUCGUCAUGGGCGCACCUGUCAUCGCAUCGGUCAGCAAGGCGGUGCCCAACAUCUUUAUGGACUGCCACAUGAUGGUGACCGACCCCGGCAGGUGGGUCAAGGACAUCGCCGAGGCUGGAGGUGCAUCAUAUACGUUCCAUCUCGAAGCGACCGACGACCCGAUGGACGUGGUGCGACAGAUCAGGGCUACAAAGAUGCGGGCGGCCGUGGCCAUCAACCCAGGCACGCCGGCCAGCGAGAUCUCCGACGAGCUAGGAAAGGCUGUCGAUAUGAUCCUCGUCAUGACCGUCUGGCCAGGCGCCGGCGGGCAAAAGUUUAUGAAGGAGUGCAUGCCCAAGGUGGCCGAGCUGCGGGCGCGGUUCCCGGAUCUUGACGUCGAGGUCGACGGCGGCGUCGGGCCCAAGACGAUUGACCGGUGCGCCGAUGCGGGCGCCAACAUCAUUGUGGCGGGCACGGCCGUCUUCAACCACCCCAACCCCAAGGACGUGAUCCACUUUCUGCGGACGCGGUGCGAAGAGGCUCAGGAGCGGAUCAAGCGGGAGCGGGAGCGCAUCGCGCGCGGCGAGGCGGUCGAGCACGAGGUCAAGCACUACGAAGACGGCCGCCGCAGCGGCUACGCGUCGGGCGCCAUUACGCCGCUCAGCUACCCGCGCGUCUACAUGAGCGCCGCCAAGCGCGAGAAGCUGCGCCGCGAGAGCCAGGGCGCCCUCGAGCGCGGCGAGCGGCCCAACAUGGGCGCGUUGCAAGGCAUGAGCAGCCUCAGCAUCACGCCCGCCGUCAACGGCAACUGA